AUGACUCUCGAUUAUACAAGCCAUCCGGCAGAGCUUGUUAAAGGAGGAGAGGUCCCCAACAACCCCAAAGUGACUGUCGAGGAUUUGCGAAAUGCAAUUCCUGAGCACUGCUUCAAGUCAUCUUACAAGCUUUCAUUUUGGUACCUUUUCAGAGACUUAGCUGUUGCUACAAUAACGGUGGUUGUAGCAUAUUUCUAUAUACCUCGAAUCGAGACUACCGUGCUUCGUUAUGCGGCUUGGGCUACUUAUGGAGUUAUCCAAGGACUAACGGCCACUGGUAUCUGGGUACUUGGCCAUGAGUGUGGACACUCUGCAUUCUCCCCGUCCGACAUCUUGAAUGAUACUCUGGGUUGGAUUCUGCAUUCUGCUCUCCUCACGCCCUACUUCUCCUGGCAAUCUAGCCAUCGACGCCAUCAUAUAUAUGCAAAUCAUUUGGUGAAAGACCACAACUACGUUCCCCUACCAAAGGAUAAGUACGCCGCGCUCUUGUCUGUUGAUACUGGUCGACUCGAAGAGCUUACUGAGGAUUCUCCGAUUUACACAUUGCUACGCAUAGUGGCACAACAUCUAUUCGGUUUUCCAUUGUAUCUUACAGCGAACAUCACUGCAUCCCAGGGUUCACUGAAUCAGGCUCAAUCCAGCAUAAUUCUAGGCAAUAGUCACUUCUCACCAGCAAGCACACUAUUCCGUCCUGAGGAAUCACAUCUCAUUGUUCUUUCAGAUAUUGGCAUUGGCGUUGUUGUGCUGGGACUUUGGUACGCCAGCCAAAUAUUCGGCGGAUACAUUGUUGCAUUGCUGUAUCUUCAACCUUAUCUCUGGGUCAACCACUGGAUUGUCGCUAUCACCUAUCUGCAUCACACACACCCUGAUGUCCCUAAGUACGAACCAGAAGCAUGGACGUUUCUUAAAGGUGCACUUGCAACAGUUGAUCGGGAGCUGGGGUGGGUGGGAAAGCACAUGCUACACAACAUUGCCGAGUUCCAUGUUAUUCAUCACCUGUUCUCUCGUAUCCCUCAAUACCACGCCGAGGAAGCAACAAAGGCUAUUAUGCCGUUGCUGAAAAGCUCUUACCAUUGUGAUAAGAAGCGAAACUUUUGGAUAUGUAUGUGGGAGUCUUUUACCAAGUGUCAGUACGUUGUUCCAUAUGAUGGGAAAGCCAAGCCAGAAGAUCGUACAAUGAUCUACAAGGGUGGCCCAACGCCAACUUCAGAGAUCUUUAUGAGGAAGAAAGGAUGGGCCAAGGAGGUAAAUUAG